UUUAUCUGAUAGAUUGCUGAACUUAAAACAAUGCCAAAUCCUACCAGGGAAGCUAAAAUAACUUCCACCAUAAUGGGUUCCCUGAUCUUCAUCUAUAAACCUACUGUAUCACAGCAUAAAAUUUCUUCAUUUCUCUGGUUAUGUUCCUUAAUCAUUCCAUUCUUAUUUCCAUUUCUUAGCCAGAUAGAAGCUCAAACACGCCUUUGUAGAACCACUUGUGGUGAUAUCCCUAUAAACUACCCUUUCGGGAUUGAUGAUGGAUGUGGCAGCCCUUAUUACAGGCACAUGCUCGCCUGCUCCGACACUGGAAAGCUUGAACUCCGAACACCCUCCGGCAGAUACCCCGUACGCAGCAUUAGUUACUCCGAUCCUCAUGUUCUCGUCACCGAUCCAUUUAUGUGGAAUUGUCAGGAUGGUGAUAACUUUCGUCCGACUAGGCCUUUUAACCUUGACACGAGCACACAUUUCUCACUGUCCUCUCAAAACGACUACCUCUUCUUCAACUGCAGUGAGGAUUAUGUGAUUGUUGAGCCAAAGCCUAUCUUCUGCGAGAGGUUCCCUGACCGGUGUGAUUCAUCAUGUGAUAGUGCAAGUUAUCUUUGCAGGCAUUUACCUGAAUGUGCCUCGGCGCUGGGUGGUAGUUCUUGCUGUUCCUACUACCCUAAAGCAACAGAAUCCUUGAGGCUGAUGCUGAAGUAUUGUGCUUCAUAUACAGGUGUGUAUUGGAGAACUGUUGGUACAAGUGCUGACACUCCUUAUAACCAGGUACCUGAAUAUGGAAUUCGGGUUGAUUUCGAUGUUCCGGUGACUACGCACUGCCUUCAGUGUCAGGAUCCAUCCAAGGGAGCCGGAACAUGUGGAUUUGAUACACAAACACAGAAUUUCUUGUGUCUCUGUAUGGCGGGAAACGUCAGUUCCUAUUGUAAAGAUCAUAACAUUUCUGGGCACAGAAGGGCGGGAGUCAUUGCAGGGACUGUAAGUGCAGUUUCAGCUGCUGGAGCCAUAGGAAUCGGGGCUGGUAUUUGGUACUUGAAGAAGGUGAGAGCUAAAGCACCUGUAACAUGUGGGGUUCAAAGCAAUGAGAAUAGGCUUUUCUGAAGGAGUGCGAGCAAAAGUGAAGGCAACCUCAUCUUUUUUCUUUUCGUAUUUUAGUAAUCUUUUUGAACUUUAAGGGGAAACCUCGAUGGCUUGUGUCUGUUCUUUCUUUCUUUAUAGUAAUAGAGAUUUGAGAGAACUGCGGAUUCACUGCGAUUUUGCUGCCAUUUCUUUCUAA